CAACUUUGCCCAAUAACGACCAAAACCCUAAAAAUACGUGAGAUAAUUCAUGGCGCGUGACAUGAAAUCAUUGUAACAACCCCUCUAUUCAUUAAUUGUAUAUCUCAAGUCGUUUCAAGCAUUGGCCCUUCUGCUCGUUAUGAAUUUUCCCUCUUCGAAUUAGCUCGUCUGCGCUGUGCAGUUUUGAAUUCGCGGAUGAAUCUAAAAAUUGAACUUCAUCACUGUUCCUGAAUCUUUCCUUUCUAGGUCAACACGCCUAAUUUCUCUUUCCCCGCCUCAUGCUCUGGUUACUUCCCGUCCCCUUCCUUUCCCAUCACACCAUGCCUUCCCCGCCAACCUUCCUCCUCCUCUUCCAACUCAUUCUCCUCUUUUCCUUCCAAACCCAUUCUCAGAACGCCCACAUCAUCACUUCCUGCUCCGCCGACAACUUCACCUACUCAAACCCCUACGCCUCCAAUCUCCAACUCCUCCUCUCCAAUCUCACCACCUCCGCGCCAAACUCCUCAACCUAUUCCUCCACUUUCACCAUUGGCACAUCCCCCAACUCCCAGAUCUUCGGUCUUUCCCAAUGCCGGCCAGACGUAUCCCCCGCCAUCUGCGUCAGCUGCCUCUCCAACGCAGCCUCGACAGCCAUUGGAAACUCCUCAACCGGUUGCGGAAAGUGCAAGUCAGCCGCGCUACGCUUCGAACACUGCUUCCUCCGCUAUUCUGAUAGGCGAUUCUUCGGCAUCGCCGACGACAGCGUGUACAUAUCUCUUUACAACCUGAAAAACGCCUCGGAUCCCGCUGCGUUUGAUAGCCGGCGGAAUAGUUUGAUGAGGGAGGUGUCGCAUAAGGCAGCGUCCGCGGCCUCGAGGUUUGCGGUUGGGAUGAAGAAGGCAGGAGAUUCAUAUAAUGUUUACGGUUUGGCUUGGUGCACGACUGAUUUGUUCACUAGUGACUGCGCCAAGUGUCUUUAUAGCGCUGGGAGCUUUCUCGUCAAACAAAAAAUUGGGGGCAUGGUGGGGUUUCCAAGUUGUCUGGUGAGGUUUGAAGUUUAUGUGUUUUUUUCGUUGGAUUUGUUGUUUGAUAUUCCCUCGCCGCCGGUGAGACCUGCGGUAGCGGAGACGCCGACGGUGACGAAUUUAGCAUUGGGCAAUGGAGUUGACAGCACAGGACGAAAAGAGAAGUAUUAAACCAAACACCAAAAGCUUGGCCGAGAAGUUAAUUGGCGUAAUUGGAGAUAUUAUAAGAGAAGUGCCGACUGCAAUCUAAUGAGAAUGACCCUCGACUUAUGCCUCCCGGG